UAAAUUUAAAUUUUAAAAACGCUGUAAACAUCCGCUAUAUUAUUUCAAAAUUCUCUGCAAUAGAGAGUAAAUAAUACUUAUAAACUCUGCGUGACGUACUUUAUGGAUAACCCUUAUCGGGUUAUGGCCAUAGAGAUAAAAUUUAACGGCAGCCAACUUAGCUUUGGGUUUCUUUGCUAGCGUGAUAUUCCUCAAAAUUUCAUUACGUCUGCCGUAAUUUACGUAAUUUGGCCAUAGAGAUUCCUGCCAUGGCCACAACGGCUCCUAUUAUACGUUACCGACCUUUUAUUCAAUCGAUAAAUGCUAUCAAAUAAAUAAUAAAAUAUAGAUCUUUCAACCGUGAAAAUUAAACUUGGCCACACAGUUAGUUUUGACGUGUCCGAUUUAGAAAAAUGUUCUCUUAUAUAGUAGCUAACUAAUUUGGGUUUUUUAUUCGUUACCGUAACAUUUUCAUUAAAAUCGUCUUUAGAAACUAAAAUAGCGUGACUUUAAUAACUUGAUUUUUUUAAAUUUAUAUAAUAUGAAUCCAUAUUUAACUGAAGAACUAGUUGCUUGUGCAAUAGAAACAAAGCAUAGGCCUAAUGUCUUAAAUUACAAAACUAGACUCAUUAAAGAGCUUUCGGAAAUAAAUUUAAUGUUUCCAAGAAUACACGAUUCUUACCAAUUUAACACAGAUAUGAUGGAUUUUGUACCCUUAAGUAAAAAAAAUCUUGGUUAUUCAGCAUUGAGAUCUACUGAAGAUGGAAAUUGUCUUUAUAGUUCAGUAUCUUUGAUUUUAAAUGACAAUAAUCAUACUUCAAAAAUUCUAAGAUUACUGACAUCAAUUGAGUUAUUUGAAAACAUAAAUUUUUACACAAGGUAUGAUUAUUUUUGUAGUUAUUUUAAUCAACAUAGAUCUGAAUAUUCUCAGCUUUCUAAUUUGUUUUUUAUUGCUGUUUCGUUUAAAUGCUCUGACAGUUUUUCAACAAUUAAUGAUAAUAUGAUUUCUGAACUUCUGUUAAAAGAAGCGUAUUUAAAUUGCUUUGAUAAAACAUUUUCAUCUUUCAUUUGUCUAAUAGCAUUAUCUAAUGUUAUAAAGCAACCUAUUGAAUCUAUUUAUCCUGAAAUCGGUUUUAAAAAGUAUCAUAGUUUUUUUAACACUCUUAUAAAGCCUCGCAUCCAAAAAUUAAAUUGUCCAAUAAAUAUUUUGUGGUGCAAUUUAGAUAAAACAAAAAACCAAAGUAUUUUAUGUUUUAAGCCAAAUCAUUUUGUGGCACUGGUUAAAGAUCUUUCUAAAAAACGUCCUGCUGUUGUUAUGAGUGAUCCAAGUUUACUUUGCAUCAAAAAAAUAAAAGUUUCUAAGUCUAGUUUUCCACCUACAGAUAACAAAAUACAGAAACCAAUUCAGUCUAAAUUAUUUUUCCCUACUGUUUCUAAAAACACUUCAGAUAUAGAUAAGUCUAGUUUUUGUAAUAAAAUAGUAAAAACUGAAGUAGUUAUCUCAAAAAACGCCAACAACAAUGAUAAAAAGCAAAUGAAUCUUGAAUCUUAUGUUCCACAAAAGGAAAGCAAUAUUGUUGACAUUAGUUUAUUAAAUACAAAUCAGCUAGCAUCUUAUUCAAACUAUGAUGUUUCAUCAUACUGUCCACAAGGUGAAAAAUUAAAAUCAGGAACAAAUGAUCAUGAACUUUUAUCUCUAAUUAAUAAUGUCUGGGUUCCGGAUAAAUGUUUCCAAUUCCCUUUAACAGGUAAAAGCAGAAAAAGACGUUUUUUGCUAAAAUGGCUAGAUGAUUUUUCUAGGCUUUGUUACUCUAAAAUUGAAGAUGGUGCAUAUUGUCUUCCAUGUACACUUUUUGGUACAAAUUUACCAAACAAAUAUGCAUUAUGUAAAUUGUUUAAAGAACCAUUUAAUACCUGGCGUAAUGCUGUAAAAGUUUUCAACGAUCAUGAGAAAACUGUUGACGGAUUACACAUCAAGUCCAUGCAUUGUUAUAAUAUGCUUUUAUCUAGAGCUAAAAAUAAUUCUUUUCCUAUUGAAGUUUCUUUAGAUAGUUCUAGGAAACAGCGUAUAGAAGAAAACAAAAAAAAGCUUGAAUCAAUUGUUAAGACUAUAAUAUUUUUAGGUCGAAGUGAUAUGCCUCUACGAGGUCAUAGAGACGAUAGAAAAUAUCAAGGAGAAAUUGGAGAAUCUUCAAAAAAUACAGGGCUAGGUAAUUUCAUUGAGCUUUUAAAUUUUAGGGUUGAUGCAGGUGAUUUAAUUUUAAAGGAGCAUCUUCUCUCUGCCCCCAAAAAUUCCACAUAUAUUUCAAAGACCAUUCAAAACGAGUUAAUUGAGUGUUGUGGAAAUGCAAUUGAAGAAGUUUUAUUAAAUGAUAUUAAAAAAAGUAAGUACUUUUCCAUUAUUGCAGACGAGGCUUCAGACUGUGCAACAAUAGAACAACUUUCUAUUGUCAUACGUUAUGUUGACUUGAACAGUAAUAUUAAGGAAGUUUUUUUAUGCUUUUUUGAAUGUAAAACAGGUACAAGUGGUUUAAGCAUAGCUACCAAUAUUCUUGAAACUUUAAAAGAAUUCGGUUUAGAUAUAAGAAAAUGCAGAGGCCAGUCUUAUGACGGAGCUGCUUCAAUGUCAGGUGAAUACAAAGGUGUUUCAUCUGUUAUAAAAAAUGUUAAUCCUAAGGCAUUAUUUGUCCACUGUGCCUCACAUAAACUUAGUUUAGUUGUUGGGCAGAGUUGCCAAAUCCAGCAAGUAAAAAAUUUGCUUGAGCAAGUUAAAGACAUAACUUAUUUUUUUUAACUUUUCUCCA